AUUAGAAUGAAGUAAUUCGUGAUCAUUCAAGUUACAUCGUACUAAAAAAGUAAUCAUUAUGCUUAGUCCGAAGAUACAACGCUCUAUACGCGUCAACGAUGGCCAACUCAUCGCAUUAUCCGAACGUGCUCAGUAUGACCAUUCGCAGGCGGGGUACUUGCACAAACGUAGCUCGGACAACACAAAAUGGCAACUGCGAUGGUUCAUACUUUAUCAGAACCUGCUAUUCUACUACGAAUCCGAAAAUAAUACACGGCCAACAGGGGUGCUGCUUCUAGAGGGCUCUUAUUGCGAAAGACUUAGCAAAUCACCAAUAGAAAGAAAUGCUUCGUUUUGCUUCAUAAUAUCUUAUCGCCGUGAAAGCCAACGUCAGUACGAACUGAGAGCUGCUUCCGAAGUAGACUGUGUUCAUUGGGUCGACGCGAUCAGAGAGGCGAGCUUCAAUAAGCUUUUACUCCAAAAAGAAGAGCUGGAACAGAAGCAAUUGCAUCUUCUUCAGGUAGUGGAAAGCGAGCGUACGUCUCGAUGGCAAUACGCACAGCAAUGCGAGGAACUGUCAAAUGAAGUGAAGAAACUACGCUCUGAGUUAUAUGCUUACAAGAAAGAACAUGAGCCAUCUACACGGGCGACGUCCACCAGCAGCCUAUCUCCGACUCUUUCUGAUGAAAUUGAUCCGUCGGAGUUGCGCAAAAUUAAGAAAGUCCAGAGUUUCUUCCGAGGCUGGCUUUGCCGACGCCGGUGGAAACAAAUUGUGGAACAAUACAUCAAGAGUCCACAUGCCGAGAGCAUGAGAAAAAGAAACAGUCUCGUUUUUAAAAUGGUCGAAGCCGAAGAAGAGUAUUUGGAACAAAUGGAAAUAUUGGUGACGUGUUUCCUUCGACCAUUCAAAAUGGCCGCCAGUUCUAAGAAGCCCCCGUGCACUCACGAAGACGUCAAUUCCAUAUUUCUGAACAGUGAGACCGUGUUAUUUCUACACCAGAUCUUCUUCAAAGGUCUUACUUCGAGAAUGGAGUCGUGGCCAACACUUGUCUUAGGAGACCUAUUCGACAUGUUACUCCCGAUGCUGACAAUAUACCAGGAGUACGUACGGAAUCAUCACUACUCUCUCCAAGUACUAACUGAGUGCAAGCAAUCACAGCCUUUCACCCACCUACUCGCUCGGCUGGAAAGCAAGACGGCAUGCCAAGGACGAUCUUUGGAAACCUUCUUAACGUUUCCUAUGCAUCAGAUCCCACGCUAUAUAAUAACUCUGCAUGAGCUGCUGGCCCAUACCCCACACGACCAUGUGGAGAGACGUAGUCUUCAACAUGCGCGUGCGCAGUUAGAAGAACUAUCGCGGCAAAUGCACGAUGAAGUGAGUGAAACGGAAAAUCUGCGCAAGAACUUAGCAGUUGAACGAAUGAUUAUUGAAGGAUGCGAUAUAUUGUUGGAUGUGAAUCAAGUGUUUAUACGGCAAGGAACUCUGUCCCAAGUGGUGGGUAAGGGCCGUCGUGCAACAUUGCAGUCAAGACAGGCCUUUCUCUUUAGCAACUACCUUCUGCUUACCACAAGAGCACCUGGUGGGCGUCUUCAUCUUCCACCAUCAGGGAGGCUACCACUGCAUGAUGCACUACUUAUCGAGGAUCCAUCCAGCCAUGACGAUGACGAUACUGCGUCGGUUUGUUCGUCACCUGGUGGUGACUGCUAUCAAAGCAAAGACUUCAAAAUACUCGUUGAAGUUAAAGGAGAACACAUAUGUGCUCAGUUAGUGGCAGCAACAAUAGAAGAGAAAGCUGCUUGGACGAGCGAGUUGGCCCAAUGUAUGGAAAGUGCGGCUUUAACUGAGUUACUAAGAGCCUCUGGGGCUUGUGGUACUGCAUCGGCCAGUUUACCGGCAUGCAGGUCUGAUCGGGCCCUUUUCACUGACGACGUCGAUAUCAGAUUCAGCAGAACUCUGAACUCUUGCAAAGUACCACAAAUACGAUCUGCCACGCCCCAACGCUUACUUCAGAGAUUGACAGAUCUUCGCUUUCUCUCCGUGGACUUCUUAAACACGUUCCUCCUAACAUACCGUGUGUUUACUGAUGGAGUGACGGUAUUGGAGGCCUUGAAGGCAGUGUUUUAUGAACAAUCUCAGCAGGAUAUGGACCUUCCACCACCACCCGAUGCUGCAAGGAAAGCUAGUGGGGCUAGCUCUGUCUCGGGUUAUGGUUCAGAAUACGGUGACAGAGAUUGGCAGUCAAGAUUUUGGCGCAUCCAACGAGGAAAAAGCGAAGAAGAAGAUAAAUUGUCGCCCUACUUAAUGGCACCAUCAAGACGGGCCUCAGCAGUUGGAAAGCAGCCUGAAGAAGAGAAUAAAGAAAACAGUCAUCUAACAAUUCCAAAAAUAAUGGCGACCUCUUCCAGCAACGAAACGUUAAAAGGUACUUCUCCAUCCUCUCCUGGAGCCAUUAGCUCCGUAACUCUAGUGGGGAGUCGUAAAAGUAGCCCAGAACACGCUAUUGAAGUUGUUAAAAAAGAAUCGCCGACCAAAGAUAAAGAUAAUGAUAAAGCAGCUAAACUGAUGAAGGAUGAAAGUAUCGAACUGGUGGACCAGAGCGAUGAAGAUAUUAAGUACAAGGAAGAGGAACAAGAGAAACAUAAGCCUAAAAUUGAAGAGAAGUUUAAGAUUUCUCAGAGAUUUUCAGAGGUUAGUAUCUCUCACAUCCAACGAGUACGUACGAUGUCAGAAAGUCCCCGACGGCUCCAACCAAGCGCAGGGCAAAGCGCCGCGGAGCUCCGUCGUAGAUCGGAAGGGGCUCGGGAAACUGCGCCUCCAACGCAUGAACCUCGCCGCGCGUCGGAUACCGCAGCACGCAUUUCUAGAAGGUCGGUCAGUGAACGUCGUGCUACAAAUUCAUCGAUAAAUGGAGAAAGACGACGUCAUUGGGGAGGUUCGUCAGAGCCACGCUCUUCUGUCACCUCCCAAGUUUCACAAAUGCAGAACUAUCGCCGCGAAACUGGUCAACCGAAAGCUGGAGUAGUCAUAACUUCAUUCAGACAAUCACAUAGGAGCUUUGGAAAAGAACCAUUGUGGAGCAGUACAUCAACUGCUGCUGUGGCCUUUGCUGUGGCUACAUCUGCUUCAUCAAAUCCUCGAUCACCGCCAGCUAACUCUCCCACACAAGCGAGAAGAGAUUCUGUCAUAUCAACCGCUGCUACUAUGAGGGUCUUGAAUGUACUACGGCACUGGAUAUCGAAACACUCAUCUGACUUCUGGUCUGAUGAACGUCUUCGCGGUCUUACCAUGGAUUUCCUGAAAGAGAUAGAGAGUAGUCCUGGUCUGCUACCGUCCGAACAUAAAGCGGCUUCACAAUUAUUGCGGCUUCUUGAACGGUCUCCGGACAGAAAUGUUGACUUAAAAGCCAUUUUUGCUCCACCAAAGGUACCUACUAAAGAAUGCCUCGAGACGUUGUCGGCCCUCGAAAUUGCAGAACAGAUGACAUAUCUUGAUUAUCAGAUAUUCAGUUCGAUUCACAGCGAGGAGUUCCUAGGACAGGCGUGGACGAAGGCUGACAAAGCAGAACGCGCUCCUCAUAUAUUAAUGAUGACGGCUCAUUUCAACCAUAUAUCUAGCCUCGUCAUCUCAGAGAUUCUAAAAAGAGUGCCGUUUCCAGGAACCCCUCGUGAUCUCCCUGAACUCCAAGAGCACGCUCUCAAAUGUCGUGUUGGUUCCAUCGAAAAGUGGAUAGCCGUUGCGGACAUAGCUCGCUGUCUUCACAACUUUAACGGAAUAUUACAGAUUUGCGCAGCUCUCUCGAAUACAUCUAUAUUUAGACUUAAAAAGACCUGGGAGAAGGUUUCGAAGACGAGCAAACAAACACUAGAGAGACUACAAAAUCUAACUUCGUCUGAGUGUCGCUUCAGGAAUUUGAGAGACGCUUUACACAGAUGUGACCCGCCCUGCAUCCCAUACCUGGGCAUGUAUCUGUCAGACCUCUCAUUCAUAGAAGAGGGAACUUCGAACUUCACACCGGAAGGACUACUCAACUUUUCCAAGAUGAGAAUGAUAGCUCAUGUAAUCCGGGAGAUACGUAAUUUCCAACAAACGCCAUACAAAAUUGAUCGGAUCCCAAAGGUCAGCGAUUUUCUAUUGGAUCCAGCUCUGGCAUACUCAGAAGAGGUGCAAUACACAUUGUCUUUAGAGCAGGAGCCUCGCGCUUCCCGGGGCUCCGCUAGUGGAAUUACAGUGACUCCACCCUCGCCCGCCUCACCAUCUGCCCAGCGCCGGCGUAGGGCUUCCCUUGCUGCAUUAGCACCUCUUAGGGCUGAGCGUUAG